AAAAGGUGCUCCACGUUUAAAACGUUUAAUAUCAUAAUUCCAGGGUUUGCUCUGCUGGGUGGGCACCCCUGCUUCCUGACCUCUCAGGACAUCCACCUGGGAGUCAAUGAGAGCUGCACAGACACAGCGAGGGUUCUCUCAGGACUCUGCGAUAUCGUCUUGGCACGAGUGAACAGCCACUCCACACUGGAGGAGCUGCAUAAGGAGGCCUCCAUCCCCAUCAUUAACGGACUGUCUGACCUCUACCACCCAAUCCAGAUUCUGGCCGACUACCUCACUUUGCAGGAGCAUUAUGGGUCCCUCAGUGGUCUGACGGUGAGCUGGAUUGGAGAUGGAAACAAUAUCCUCCACUCUUUCAUGAUGUCUGCAGCUAAAUUGGGAAUUCAUCUCAAGAUUGCUACCCCGAAGGGGUAUGAACCAGACAGGAGUGUUAUUGAAGAGGCACAAAGACUCUCCAAAGAGCAUGGAACUCAGCUUCUUCUGACCUCUGACCCGAUGGAGGCUGCAAGCGGCAGCAAUGUUUUGGUCACCGACACCUGGGUCAGCAUGGGACAGGAGGAGCAGAAGACAAAGCGACUCAAGGACUUCAAAGGU